GUCAUUACUAGUUUGUUUUGUUCAGUGGCGAAUAAACCUUAUUUACUAUAGCACUAGAAUCGGCGGCAUCUAGCUGUCACCGUGGUGACCCGGCUGUCAAAUGCAAACGGGGAUACAGUUCCAAGAGACAGCUUGCUGUUGUUACUGUCGCAGUGGUCGAUUCUGUGAACAUGAGCUUCUCCAAUACGAAUAUAGCACAGGCUGUAAGAAUUGUUAGAAAAAAAUAUGACAUAUAUACAGUUUAUGUGUAUACAGGGGCUGAAAACACCGCUUGUAAAUCCUGGAAAAUGUUCGAGUAGGCGUAGUUUGUAAAGCAGUUUAUCAAGAUUAAAUAUUGUAGCGAUGUACGCUCAAUAUGAGAUCAUGCUGUAAAAUUUGUGAAACAUAUUGCCUACCUCGUCAAUGUAGUAUCAACUAGUUUAUAUUUACAUACUUGAUACCUCUGUUAACAACCUUCUCGAUAUCAAAGUUUUCCAUCGAAUCAAAU